GUCUCACCGUCUUUCGUCUCCUCGGUUCAUCCUCUCUCUUCCCCACCACUCUUCCACAUCCCUCAUGGCGGAGCGCGGGGCCGGAGAUCGUGGCGGCUUCGGGCGCGGCUUCGGGCGCGGGUUCGGCCGCGGCCGGGGUGACCGGGGCCGAGGCGACCGCGGUCGCGGAGGGCGGCGCGGCGGCCGGCGCGACGAGGAGGAGAAGUGGGUGCCCGUCACCAAGCUCGGUCGCCUCGUGAAGGAAGGCAAGAUCACCAGCCUCGAGCAGAUCUACCUCCAUUCUCUCCCCGUCAAGGAGCACCAGAUCAUCGACACCCUCCUCGGCGGCCGCCUCAAGGACGAGGUCAUGAAGAUCAUGCCCGUCCAGAAGCAGACCCGCGCCGGGCAGCGCACCCGCUUCAAGGCCUUCGUCGUCGUCGGCGACACCGACGGCCACGUCGGCCUCGGCGUCAAGUGCGCCAAGGAGGUCGCCACCGCCAUCCGUGGCGCCAUCAUCCUGGCCAAGCUCUCGGUAAUCCCCGUCAGGAGGGGGUACUGGGGGAACAAGAUUGGGAAGCCCCACACUGUGCCCUGCAAGGUCACCGGCAAGUGCGGGUCGGUCACCGUCCGAAUGGUACCGGCGCCGAGGGGUGCGGGGAUCGUGGCCGCUCGUGUGCCAAAGAAGGUUCUCCAAUUUGCUGGGAUUGAGGACGUCUUCACCUCGUCUCGUGGUUCGACCAAGACUCUUGGAAACUUUGUCAAGGCCACCUUUGAGUGUCUCAUGAAGACCUACGGAUUCCUGACACCAGAUUUCUGGAUGGAGACUCGUUUCAGCAAAUCUCCCUUCCAGGAGUACACGGACUUGCUUGCGAAGCCCACCAAAGCAAUACUUAUUGAAAACACAGAGAGCUGAGGCGUAGGAUGCUUUAUAGUAGUGUUAAGGACUCGGUGUACUGUGCUAUUAUUUUUUGCUGAAUUUUCCUUAUUGGUGGUCUGAGGACUUCUUGCGACAAUUUUGUGAUUCAUGAUAUCCAUACUUUUAUAUAGCCAAAUUUUCUGAGCAUAUUAUCUUUUUGUUCAAACAUGCAACACUGCAAUUGAUGCUCUCCUCCUGUAUUUGCUAAACAUGUUUGGCCACUUCUCAAUAUCUUC